AUGUUCAAAGAGAAGAUGAAGAUCAAAUUCAACUCACUUUUCAAGAGGUUUCUCAGGUACAACAAGGCUAGUUCCAGUUCCUUCCAACCGUACACAAAGUAUCACAUCAAAUUAACAUACCCUAAUAAAAGAUUUGGAAGCUGCAGUGAAGCUAGAAACAUCGGCGUCUUGGCUUGCCAAGCAAAUACUCAUUGUAUUGAUUCUGAUACCGGAGCUCCGGGAUACAGAUGCGUUUGUAAUCAAGGCUAUCAAGGUCAACCAUAUCUUGAUCCAGGCUGUCAAGAUAUCAAUGAAUGUGAAGAUCCCAACAGUAACCUGUGCGAGGGGAUCUGUACCAACACUCCUAGAAGUUACUCGUGUUCUUGCAAAGAUGGAUACGUUGUAGAUGAAUUUAGCAACGGUCGAGGUUGCCUUGCUAAAACUUCGGAGUUCCCAGUUAUCAAAUUCUCCAUAGGUAUGGGAUUUGGUUUCAUGGCCAUUUUAGUCGGAAUAACAUGGCUAUAUUUUGCCUUCAAGAAGAGGAAGCUUAUCAAAAUCCGACAAAAAUUGUUUCAGCAAAACGGUGGUUUACUACUGAAUCAACAAAUCACAAAUUGGUCAUUUGGAGAUGGAAGACUAUCACUAGAACAAUACGUGUUCUCAACAACUUAUUCUGGGAAGCCAUGUGGCACCGAUGAGCAACAGAACAACUCCUACAUGAAGAUGAUGACAAACGUGGUGGGCGGUGGAGGCGCUGCUUAA